ACCAGGUGAAGACCUCCUUACAAGCUGAACACGGCUCUCAUUUCUCUCCCACCGUCCUGUUUGUCGCUCGCUCCGUGCAUCCAGUUGCUGUUCAUCGGUCUGGGGGCACAUUUCGAGCUCCUCUACCCAGGGCCUCGAUAUUCUAUCCAGUGUGUGCACCAGUCUGCAGACAUCCAAACUGAUGAGGAUUGGCUGAACAAAUAAAAAACAAACUUACUGUUUCUUUCUUGUAUCAAGCGGAAAGAAUGUCGGAAAGGGCCGAGGAUGACGUCAGGGGGGAGCAGCGCCGAGCGGCCAGGCAGCAGCUGAAGCAGCAGCAGAUCCAGCGGGGAGAAGGCUCCACAGCAAUGGCGACUGUUGCGGAGCGGAGAUCGCUGCCUAGUCCUGAAAUAAUGCUGGGACAGCCUUGGAGCAGCUGGGUCGACGCCGCCAAACUCCACGGACACGACGGUGCUGAAUCGGAGGAAAGUUUUAAAGACUUGGGGAAAAAUCGAGAAGCCAUGCGUUUGUGCAGAGAAGACAUGCCCAUAUUUGGUCAGUGUCCCGCGCAGGACGACUUCUACCUGGUGAUGUGCAACCACUGUGGUCAUGUGGUCAAGCCACAAGCCUUCCAAGCACACUACGAGAGGCGGCAUGGUUCUACCAUCAAGCCAGCCUCCACGUCACCCUUUCUGGUACCGGGCAGAAACCGAAGUGCUGGCAGCGGGAUAAGCUCUGGGACCAUGGCUGGAGUGACAAGCGGAGGACUCCUCGGCCGAUCAUCCACCGCCGUCUCCGGUGUGACGUCAUCUUCUUCAUCAGCAUCCUCCAAUCAAAAAUUUCAGAAAUCAGCCAAAGACAAACAACAAGGUUUUCAGCGAAGACCUGCUCCCAACCAAUACAGGGCGAGCCAGCCUGAAAAAAUCCUUACCCCCGCUGUUAAGGUGGAGAAGAUGCAUCUAAAGCCGGACUCGUCAGCGAAGCUGGGGCAGGCUCCACCGGCCCCCGCCGCCACCUCAUCCUGCUCCUCUGCACCAUCCUCUAACACCACUGUGAGCACUGCCGUCAUCACGACUUCCACGUCCUCCUCAUCAUCGUCGUCAUCAUCAUCAGCCCUUAAACCAGGCCUUAACUCUCCCUCCAUACCAAAGCCUCCAUUGCUGGUUUCUGGUCCAAUUCCCAACGGCAAGGGCCUGCCCGCAGACAAGAAGCAAGACAGCAGCAGCAGUAGCAAACGCCACGUUAACAAGAAGGUGUCAGAGCGUGAGUUCAAUCCUGAUAUCCACUGUGGCGUUUUGGAUGCUACAGGUCGGAAACCCUGCACAAGAUCCCUAACAUGCAAGACACAUUCCUUAAGCCAUCGGCGGGCCGUGCCUGGACGAAGGAAGCGCUUCGACAUAUUGCUAGCAGAACACAAGAACAGACCGAGAGAGCGGGACAGGGAUCGAGAACCGCACCAAACCCAUCCCCAGCAAACUGCCCCUCUCAGGGACCCACACCCCUCUCCCCAGCUCCCCCCUAGCCAUGACACCCACCCGGUUUCUCAUGGCAACGGACCAGCCCCCGAUACCACAAAGCCUUUGUUAUUGGUGAAGUCCAAAUUUCACGGCCCUGGUCUUCCACGACUGAACAACAGUCAUUCUGGAGGCUCCUCGGAUCCUUCAGUGGUCCAUGAGUCCCUGCACCAUCCCCAGUCUACGCCAGAUGCUGUAUCCAGACCCUCGAGUGAUGAAGGAGAGAAUGAGGAGCGGGAAGACAGCACAGACAAACUGGACUGUCUCUAUUCAGGUUACCACCCUCGACCGGCAGCUUACUGUACGUUUGGAAGUCGACUGAUCGGGAGGGGCUUUUACUCCUUUGAUAGGCGAUGGGACAGAGUGCGAUGUGCACUAACCACCAUGAUGGAAAAGCAUGUUAACUCUCAGCUGUGGAAGAAAAUCCCAUUCGCCUUGGAAAAUUCCCCUCUUGUAGCCCCCCAUAGGACAAGCACAAAUUCCCACAGUAGCACUCCCUCAUCAGGCUUCCUGAGCCCCCCCGCAGCCUUGCCCCAAACCCCCUAUAGCCAAUCUAGUGAGAGCAAGGCAUCGCUCUCCUAUGGGACCACCUUAAAUGCUCACAGCUCCCUUCAGGGCGGCCAGGAGCACCCGGCCUUUGGCACCACGCAGGCCAGACAAGUGUCUUCGUUGCCGCAGAUGCCUUCAGCCCACUUGUCCUCAUCUUUGUCUUCUUCAGCUCCUUCCCUAGCCUCAGGCCGGGCGCUGAAGUCACGUUCAUCUGGCAGCAGCGCCACUACCAAAUCAUCCUCCUCAUCCUUCAAGUCCAAGGAAAUUUCCUCUGGCUCGUCCACAGCUGCCCUACCAAACUCUACUAGUGGCGGGAGCACUGGAGCGAGCAUAAACAGUAGCAGCGCUAGCUUCAGCACGGGGAAGAAGAGGAAGAACGCUUCUGUCCUUUCCUCCACCCAUUGCUCUUCUGAAUCCUCUGCUUCUAAUGCCAAUUUCCCUUCAUCAUCAUCAUCCUCUUUUAAGAAGAACUGUGCAAAUGUUGGCAGCUCAGGGAGCACCUACCAUCAUGGCUCAUUAGGACCUUCAUCUUCGCUAUCCUCCUCCCAUAGUGGAGUUCACAGCGUGGGGCUGAACUGUGGCCCUAGUGUGCGGACCAACUCACUCAGUCUCAAGGCAGAGCCUUCUGGAGGCUCAGCAGGUGGCUCCUCUGGGCCCCCGACACGAGGCCCUCCCUCAGGCAGCCCCGCAGAGUCCAUAAAGCGUAUGAGUGUAGUUAUGAACAGCAGUGACUCAACUCUUUCUCUGGGGCCUUUUGUCCACCACCAGCCCGCCUCCUCAUCAGACCAUCACACCAACUUUAGUCACCACUCCUCAGAUGGACGCCUGGAGGCAAAGAAGCGCAAAAGCUCCUCUGCUUCGAGUGGCAUCAACAGCGGAGGUGGUAGUCUGGGAAGGGAAGGAGCAGCAGGAGGAACCGGACCAGGCAGACCCAAAAUGACAAAGUCCCCGGCUCUUAAUAACAUCCAUGGGAAACAUAGUCGAAGCAUUCCAGGGACGCCAGGUCUACCCAACAAUUCACAUUUACAUCAGCCAAAAGCUCGUCCCUGACAGCGACUUCCUGCCUCUGCCAUGAAAACGGGCGGACAGAGAAAAGUCCAGAGUGGUGUGCAAGCUGUUCUGGACUGCACGAGGCCUUGUGAAAUAAAAUCCACGUGACUCUCAGCUUCCCACAAUCCUCAGGGUGGAGAUGAUCUGGACUGCUUAGUGAAGUAGACGCUGUCCUUACUGUUUCUCCCAAAGCCAUGUGUGAGUGUGUCUGAAGAGACGUGGAUAGGCAGAGGUUCUGAAUGCAAUGUAGAACCCCCCCUCCCCCCACAAUCUGAGAGGUCUUCCCAGCUGUUUAGGAGGUAGAGGGAGCACAGCAAGCCGCUCUCCUCUGAGUAAGUAGAGGAGCGAGUGCGUAAACUGUGCAAUGUCAUAUUCUGCUGGAGUCCCCAACGUAAAUACACCCCCCCCCCCCAUCGCCUGAUCUCAGAAGCCUUGCAAAGGAGAGCAGGAGAAGAAAAGUGAUGACUGUAUUACCUACGACAUACAGCGGCAGCCCCCCCCUGCCCCUCCCGCCGGCAGAUAAUCUGGUUAGCUCUGUAAUCAUCCACGAUAAUUAUGCAAGAAUAACCUUUUUCUGAUUUCUUAGAAGCUUUUUACACUGUCCUAUAAAAGGGGGUCUUUGUAGCCUUGAGGAAGAUGGUUGUUUUUUUUUUUUUUUUAUGUGAAAAAGGACACCUGACGUGCCCAUUGGAUCGAUUCCUCCGUUGGAGAGAAAAGCCUGUUCCUGAGGGGACGCCUGUUCAGUUCCUGAAUCUAUACAUUGUGCAAAAAAAACACCACAGUAACAGUAGACCUAACCCCCCCCACCCCCUUCUCCGACUGUGAAAACAGCACUAAAUACUUUUCUCCACUGAUGCUGCUUAGCUGUCCACAAAGCUCGCCAAAAGCUGCUGCAGCUUUGCAGACUUCAUUUAUUUUUAACUUCAGAAAAGAAAAGGCAUUGAGGGGGGCGGAGUUCCGCUCAUGAAGAAGUAACCAGUGCAAUGUGGAUCAAAAAGAAACUUUAACAAGCUGUAUGGUUUUAGCCACAACUUAACUACUUUAUCUCCACGAAGCUGUGUGAAACCCCUCAGCUGCGUGUGGAAAGAUGUGAAUUGUAAUGUUUUGUUUUGGUUUCUUCACACGGAAUCAGGUACGGUACGUCUUAACUGGAACAAACUUGCACGUCUGCUCGUCUCCGAGGUUUUAGUUGUCCCUUCCGGUGUCUAACCACUACCACAUCUCUGGAUGUUACCUUAUCAACGCCUCGCUGAUAAAGCUGUUCUCUAUGGAGUGCCAAAACUGCAAAAAUAUAUUAAACAUUAUACAUCGAGAAAUAAUGAAAUAAAAAAUCCAAAUUUAUGCAAAUCUGCUGAAUAUGUUUAUAGCAUUCAAUGUGAAUUUAAUUUAAAUUUGAAGUCAUGUUUAAAACCAUUAGUUUGUGGUUGUUUUGCUGCCGUCCGCCAUGACACGCAAACAUAGACUGUGACAUCUGAUUGGUGAUCUUUACAUCUCCUUCUGACCAAUCAUUUAAAGACGAUAUGAGCCACGCCCACUCAGUCAGAUGGGUAAUACUACAAGAUAAAAUAAAUGCAGCUUUUGACCAUGAAAUAAUUGGUCUGAUAUUUUUUUAGCUAGUCUAUUCAAGGCUUUGGCUAAUUGAACAUUUAUCUUUAGGCAUUUUUUUGCUAUUUUAAUUUAUUACAUUUGGGCACUUUUGAAACUCCAUAGAUGGCAUUAUACUAAUACAGGUAGAUCUCAAUAAAAUGGUGCAUCUGUUGUUUAAUUCAGAAAAUGAAACUUAUGAAUAGACACUGUGAUAUAUAUUUUAAAGGUUUAUUUCCACUCCCAUUUGGAGAUAAAGGCUUACAGCCCAAUAGAACCUUCUGGUAAGUUUCUCAAAUGACUACAAAUAAUUACACAAGAUCAAUAAAAUUGGGAUGUUGCCUUUGAGAAGUAUCUCUAUGUGAAGCAUAGUGCAUGCCCUCAAUCCCUGCUCUUUCUUAGCAUAGAUCACUGCUUCAGUGCCGCAUGGCGGGUAGAUCAGCCUGUGGCUCUUGUGAAGUUUGUUAUAGUAGUAUUUUGUUAUAGACAUCUUAUCCAUGCUCUCUGGUGUCUUCUUGGAAAAAAAAUAUCAAGAGAUUCUGUGUGCGGUUUAGUUUUGUGGUAGACAGCUGCUACUUUGGACCAACACCAGCAAAUCUGACCCCAAAUGAACACUUUAAACUUGAGCUCAACUCUUCUACUGUUUGGAACUUUGAUUUUCAAAUCAAAAUCAACAUUUACCUUCAUUUGAAAAGGAGAACUUUGGAUCUUUGAGCCAAAUUAGCUGCUUUUCUUUUAUGAAAUUGCUCAGCUCAAGAUAUGCACAGGUUAAUGUCGUAGAGACGUGUUUGGAGGCCUGAUUCUGGUAAAGGCUUGGACGCUUUCUUUGAACAGCCAGUUUCUGCAGUAAAGAUGUCUUUUGUAGGGAUGGAAACGUGACUUUCUGCUGGACAAGGUCAAGCGAUUGUGUUAAAAAGUCCUUUUUUAUUGGUCUUAUGUAGUAGUUUCAGUUGUUUGAGAACUUUCAGCUGAUAAUCAUUAACCAAACACUUGAAAUAUACCCCUAAGAAUCAGUUUCUCUGUUUAGAAUUGCAUUAUUGAAACAAACUCCGGACGCCCUUAUUUUCCAAUUAUUUUAUCAAACCAGUCUUAAGACACGCAGUGCUUGCCCAUCGUAUCAGAAUGUCUGCUUUUUGAAUAGGAGUUUUACGGUGCGAGAUUCAUGGAGAUGACUUCGAGAAAAUCAGAGCUUUGGUAACCCUUGUUGAUUUAUAUAAAAUCCCCUCACUGAUGUCAAGUGGAGCCGAAACACUUUAUUUUUAGGAAAGACUCUUUAAUUCACCUCAUUUUAUUGUAGCCUAUGUAUCAAACAUGUGUCCCUAUUUGAGAAUACAUAUUUUGUUAACAAUUGUACAUAGUAAAGUAUGUAUUUUUGCACGGGCAUUUUUCCUACAAAUGAAUUUUUUAGUACAAUUUUGGAGAUUAUUUAUAAAAAUAAAAAGUGUCCGCGGAGAGGACUAUUUUAAAGUGGUUCACUGCCAAGUCUACAAUGCAAUACAUCUGAAUACAUCGAAGCAUCUCAUGAAUCGUGUACUCUACCUUUAAGGAGGGAAGGGGGGGGAAGAUAUCGCCACUGUAGCAUGUGUCUGUAUGAAAGUAACCUUUAUUCACUUACCAAGGUCUGAAUCACAUGUGCUUUUACCAGACGCUUUUAUGUUGCCUAUAGAUCAAACUCUGUAACCCUGAAGUUUGAAAUGUCAUGGCCUGAAGCUGUGCUCUUUUAUCCAAAUGAAAAAACACUUGAAGACGAUCAGGGGGUAAAAAAAAAAACAAAAAAAAACGCUGUAAGGACUUGGCUACCUGCAAGGAAGAGAGGAACGGUUUGCUUCCUCGCUGCCAAUCCAUUUAAAUCCCAGCUUUUCCAGAAUGAGUUCAGCAGCUUCUAGAAAUAUCAAAUCAAGAAAGUGCCUGAAUUUGUUUUUCUCCCCGACUCUUUGAAGACAGUAUUCGUUGGGUUGUUUUAACCUACUUGAAUGUUCAGAGUAUUGGAGUUUGGUUCAGUAUAUCAGCCUGUGAACCCUUAAAAAGCAGAGCUCCUCAUCUGCUCAGCAAACAAACCUUAGUUUUCCUUCCACAACACAAACAUUUUAUUUCAUUCACCUGUUGGAGAGUUUCUGUCCGCACUGCAGACCUGGAAUGUUAACGUCAUAAUACAAAUCAAGGCUGGGAAAGAGGAAAAAAACAACAACCCACCAUUCAUUCUUUGUAAAAGCGUGUAUAGAUUUGUUUUCUGUAUACAUUAUCAGAAUCAUUUCAGCUGGACUUUACGUAUUGGCUGCUAUGUAAUUCAUGAACAAAAAAGCAUAGGUUAGAAUUAAUAUUUAAAGAAAAAGAUUGUAUAGUAUAUUUGUUUU